CCGCCGCCCGAAGCACCCGUAGUUUGACAGCUGGAAGAAUGACAUUUCUGCCGACAUUGGAAUUGUUUUGAUUUAUCUGGAAGAAAAAUAGCCGCAACAUGUCGAACUUUGUUGUAAAUGGACUUUUGCAGUCGCGCAACCCGCUGCUCACAUUUCGCCGGUUCCGCGGAAAGAUCAACAUCCAGCGCCCGCGACCACCGCAUUACGAAAGAGCUCGCGUGCUCGAAAUCAUUAAACCGUACUACAAAAAGCCCGAAUUUAACGCUCCAUGCAUCGAAGCGGAACAGACGCUGAAAAGCAAAAGGGUGGACAACCCGUACGAAACAAUCAUUGCCCGGGAGGCCCGGAACUGGUUCGAGCACAGCCAGCUCGUAGCACUGCUGCACGUGAACUCGAUAAGACAGGAAGACAUGUUUAAGGUGCAGGUGGCACUCCAUCGACACAAUGUAUCGGUGAAGGUGUACGGUAAAUCAAUUAUGCGUAAAGCGGUCGCAGAUACGAGAUUCGAAGCGAUAAUGCCACUGUUCGAAGCAAAAACGGCGAUCCUAUUUAGCCCGGAAGCGGCAAAGAUAAAGCAGGUGUUGAGCGUGUUGAAGAAAACGCCCCAGCUCGUCCUAAUGGGUGGCAUAGUGGAAGGGAAACUUUUAAGUAAGAACGAGUUCACGGCUUACGCUACCAUGCCCGAUAUUACCACGGUACGGGCACAGUUUGCUGCGGUAUUGGAUAGUGCCGGGGGAAAGAUCGUCAGUGAUCUACAGUGUCACCAAAGCCAGCUAGUAAACAUGUUGGAUGCGUACGCUAAGAUCGAUUCGCGAACGGAAGAGACCGGCUCUGUUAGUGAUGCUGCUGGUGAAAAAGUGGACAGUUGAGUGGUGACGCAUUUUGGUGAGGAAAACUAAAUGGUAGCGCAUUAAAGGCAGUCAUGUAACAUAA